AAAUAAAAAUGGAUUAAAGUCCGGUGCAGUCAAACACACGCUCAGGUCCAUUCAGCAAUUUGACACACAAUAUAUCCAUGUGAGUGAGUUAUCAGAGAGAACUGAGAAGUAACUGUAAAGGCUUUUUACAAAACCCUCACAUUUUGUUCUUCAAUUUACUCCCAAAAUUCGCCUGUAAACCCUAGAAUCUGCUUAAUUGAAGUUCGCAGUCUGCUGUUUAUGUGAUGGGCGGUUCAAAUUACAUGGACAUAGACAUAGAUGAUCUCUUUGAGGACGAUUUAGGGGAUCUAGGAGAGCCUUUCUUGAAGAAUGUCUGUAAAAAAGCUGCAACAUCGUUUUUUGAACAACAUGGGUUGAUUAGUCACCAGCUCAACUCAUAUAAUGAUUUCAUAAAACAUGGUAUCCAAAAUGUUUUUGAUUCCAUUGGGGAGAUUACAGUUCAGCCUGGUUAUGAUCCGUCCAAAAGGGGGGAUGGUGACUGGAGGUAUGCAUCAGUGAAGUUUGGGAAGGUCAAGCUGGCCCCACCAACGUUUUUCACUGGUGAGAAGUUCUACAAUGAUAACGCUAUAGAAUUUGUGGACUUCUAUCCCAGACAUGCUCGCUUGCAGAAUAUGACAUACUCAUCCAAGAUGAAAGUUGAGGUUCAUCUCCAGGUAUAUACCCAGAGAAUGGUUAGGAGUGACAAGUUCAAAACUGGGAAAGAACAGUAUGUAGACAAAUCUGUAUGUAAGGAGAUCCGGGAGGAGAUUCCUAUAGGAACGCUUCCAGUGAUGGUUAAAUCUGAUUUAUGCUGGAUGAAAAAAGCUAAGCAAGGGGAUUGUGAUUUUGAUCACGGAGGCUAUUUCAUAAUCAAGGGAGCUGAGAAGACCUUCGUCGCUCAAGAACAGAUCUGCUUGAAGAGGCUUUGGUUGACCAGUAAUCCUUCUUGGAUUGCUUCAUAUCGUCAUGCUAAUAAAAGGAACAGAGUCCAUGUAAAACUUAUAGACCCUAAAAGUGAAGACAUAGGAGGCGGCGAAAAAAUUCUUGCUGUCUAUUUUUUGGGGAUGGAGAUACCAAUAUGGAUAUUGUUUUUUGCUCUUGGCGUAUUGUCUGAUAAAGAAGUUGUUGAUUUGAUUGAUGGUGAUCUUGAAGAUGGAAGGAUUGUAAAUAUAAUGAUUGCAUCAAUUCACUAUGCUGACAAAGAGUGUGAUGAGGAGUGUGCUGAGAAGUUCCGUAGAAGGGGAAUGGCUCUUAAAUAUGUAGAAAAGAAACUUAAAAGUUGUCCAUUCCCCCCUGCAGAAUCUCUUGAAGAUUGCAUUAAGAAUUAUCUCUUCUCCAGUCUCACUGGCUUCAAGCAGAAGGCUCGUGUUCUUGCCUACAUGACGAAGUGCCUCUUGCAGGCUUAUACUGGCCGUAGAAAAGUUGAUAAUAGGGAUGAUUUCAGAAACAAGAGGUUAGAGUUGGCUGGUGAGUUGCUUGAGCGUGAGCUUAAAGUUCAUCUUAAACAUGCUGAAAAACGUAUGGUCAAGGCAAUGCAGAGAGAUCUUUACAAGGAUAAAGUGGAGUACAUUGAACGCUAUCUGGAUUCAUCAAUUGUUACAAAUGGGCUUUCAAGGGCAUUUUCCACAGGAGCUUGGUCUCAUCCGUACAUCAGAGGGGAAAGGACCUCUGGUGUAGUGGCAAAUCUUGGUCGAACAAAUCCGUUGCAAAUGAUAGCUGAAAUGAGGAGAACACGUCAGCAUGUUGAUUACACAGGGAGAGUUGGUGACGCAAGAUACCCGCACCCUUCUCACUGGGGUAAGUUGUGUUUCCUUUCGACUCCCGAUGGAGAAAAUUGUGGCCUCAUAAAAAAUCUUGCCAGCACUGGGCUUGUGAGUACAACUGUAUAUGAGUCGAUUCUUGACAAAUUGCUUGAUUGUGGCAUGGAUGAAUUGGUAGACGAUACUUCAUAUUCUCUUCGUGGCAAGGACAAUAUAUUCCUGGAUGGUGAACUGGUUGGAAUAUGUAGAGAUUCUGCAUCGUUUGUUACAGAUUUACGAAAUAUGAGACGCUCAAAGGAACUUCCUCACCAGGUGGAGAUUAAAAGAGAUGAGAAAAAUAGAGAAGUGCGCAUAUUUUGUGAUGCUGGAAGGAUUUUACGACCUCUUUUAGUUGUCAGUAAUUUAAGAAAAAUUAAAUCAUUGAAAGGGGGAGAUUACUCUUUUCAGUCUCUUUUGGACGCAGGAGUUAUUGAGCUGAUAGGAACUGAGGAGGAGGAAGACUGUUGCACAGCAUGGGGGAUUAAAUAUCUUAUGAUGCAAACUAGCGGAGACACACCCAAAAAGUACACACACUGUGAACUGGACAUGUCAUUUCUCUUGGGUUUAAGUGCCGGACUGACCCCCUUUUGUAAUCAUGACCAUGCAAGAAGAGCCCUCUACCAAUCACAAAAGCACUCACAUCAGGCCAUUGGUUUUUCUACCACCAACCCAAGUAUCAGAGUAGACACAAAUACGAAUCAGUUAUAUUAUCCUCAAAGACCACUUUUUAAUACGAUGCUUUCAGAAUGUCUUGGAAAAGCAGAAAACAGCAAGAUGCUUCCCAAGCCUGAAUUUUAUAAUGGGCAGUGUGCUAUUGUUGCUGUGAAUGUUCACCUUGGUUACAACCAGGAAGAUUCCUUGGUUAUGAAUCGCUCUUCACUCGAGCGAGGCAUGUUUAGAUCAGAGCACAUUAGAUGUUAUAAGGCUGAUGUUAACAACAAAGAAGCUACUUUAAAGAAGCAGAAAAUAGAGGAUGCAAUAAACUUUGGGAAGAUCCCAAGUAAAAUUGGUCGGGUUGACAGCUUAGAUGAGGAUGGUUUUCCAUUUAUUGGUGCAAACCUGCAGACUGGUGAUAUCGUCAUUGGAAAACAUGCUGAAUCAGGGGUUGAUCAGAGUGUUAAACUGAAGCAUACUGAAAAGGGCAUGGUUCAGAAAGUAAUACUUUCUUCAAAUGAUGAAGGCAAAAACUUUGCUGUAGUAUCUCUGAGACAGGUUCGAUCACCAUGUCUUGGAGACAAGUUCUCUAGCAUGCAUGGACAAAAGGGUGUUUUAGGUUUUCUGGAAUCUCAGGAAAACUUCCCUUUUACGGCGCAAGGAAUAGUUCCUGAUAUCGUCAUAAACCCACAUGCAUUUCCUUCACGUCAAACUCCUGGCCAACUUCUGGAGGCUGCUCUGGGAAAAGGGAUUGCCCUUGGGGGUAAAGAAAGAUAUGCCACCCCUUUCUCCACUGUAUCUGUUGAUGCCAUAACAAGUCAACUUCACAGGGCUGGCUUUUCUAGAUGGGGAAAUGAAAGAGUAUACAAUGGUCGAACUGGUGAAAUGGUUCAUUCCCUAGUGUUUAUGGGCCCAACUUGCUACCAGCGCUUGAUCCAUAUGGCUGAAGACAAGGUAAAGUUUAGGAACACGGGGCCUGUUCAUCCUCUCACUAGACAACCAGUUGCCGACAGAAAACGUUUUGGAGGAAUAAAGUUUGGGGAGAUGGAGCGUGAUUGCCUGAUAGCCCAUGGGGCUUCGGCUAAUUUGCAUGAACGUCUCUUCACACUUAGUGACUGCUCACAGAUGCACAUCUGUCGUAGAUGCAAACACCCUGCAAACGUGAUCCAGAGGACGGUGACGGGAGGACGCAAGAUUCGCGGGCCAUAUUGCCGAUACUGUCAGUCUACUGAAGACAUUGUGAAAGUGAGUGUGCCUUAUGGGGCAAAGCUACUUUGCCAGGAGCUUUUCAGCAUGGGCAUAUCUUUGAAGUUCGAAACUCAGUUGUGUUGAGAUUUCCUGUGGCAUUAAAGGCCUCGUUCCUCUAACAAGAUCAUGAUUCGGAUCCUUGCCCAUCUAUCCCCUCCAAAAAUGUAAUGUGGCGACUUUCACAUUUGUAUCAAUGCUAAUGGUUGGUGUAGUUUAUUUUGAAUGCAUUAAUGGAUAUUAUUGCAAGUGGAGUUACUUUCAGCUUAACAGCAAAGAAGCGUCUUAAUGCUUCUUGUGGUGACAAUUUCUUUUGUUUAUAAUUUUGCAACUACUGUUGGAGAUGGAGUAGAUUAUUAAUAUCAAAAUUCUCAAUGGAGAAGUCUUUAGUA